GAAUAUUCAUAUUGGUAUAUAAAGUGAUACGUGCCAACCAGUGGCAUAGUCCAGUUACAACAAGCAAACAGGAACAAUGGCAGCUAAAUUAAUCGUCGUUCUGUCCUUGGCGGUGGCCGCCUCAGCUGUCCCCUUGGGUCCUAUCGCUAAGGUCGUCUAUGCUGAGCCAGAGGCACCAGCUCACUACGACUUCGAAUAUUCAGUGCACGAUGACCACACCGGCGACGUGAAACAACAAAAGGAGAGUCGCGCUGGUGAUGCUGUGCAGGGUUUCUAUUCUCUAGUCCAACCUGAUGGCGUCCAACGCAUUGUCGAAUACUCAUCUGAUAAAGUGAACGGAUUUAAUGCUGUUGUACGGUACGAAGGUCAUCCUACUCCUGCUCCCGUUGCCAAGAUCGCGUACGCCGCUCCUGUUGCCAAGAUCGCCUACGCCGCCCCUGUCGCUAAGGUCGCCUAUACUGCGCCCGUAGCAAAGGUCGCCUACAGCGCCCCUGUGGCCUAUGCUGCUCCAGUAGCGAAGGUCGCAUAUGCCGCACCCGUCGCUAAAGUCGCCUACGCUGCUCCUGUCGCUAAGGUCGCCUACGCCGCCCCCGUCGCCAAGGUCGCCUACGCCGCACCUGUCGCUCACGUGUCCUACUCUUCCCCCGUUAUCUCUUACCAACACUAAACUGUGAUAAGUUCCUGAGGCUAUUAUUUAUUUAAAUGGAUAGUUGCUAAUAAAUUAUUUAUUUCGUUUA